AUGCACCGUUUCACAACCAAAACCAAAAUCAUCCAGUUAACUACAGCCAUAAUAUCAUCAAGUGGAACUGGGUUAUCCGAGGAGCAAUCAAUUCCAAAUGAUUCAACCGAACCUAAAAAUAAUUAUUCAAUUUGGAGUACCGUUGAUACUAAAGUGGCCCAAAAGAAAGCUGUUGGCACAAAUACAUCUAGGGCAAUAAUAGAAGUACAGCGGUAUUUGGAAGACUCACUGCAACAAAGAAAUGCAGAUCCUUUGGAAUGGUGGCAAGAAAAUAAUCAUAAUUACCCAUAUUUAAGCCAGUUAGCUAGGAAAACACUCUGUUGUCUUGGCACAUCAGUGCCUUGUGAACGUGUUUUCAAAAUCUGGGUUAUUGAUUAG